UUCUGCGCUAUAAAGGGCGCGAGGAAGGCGGGAGCCGGCGCAGUUUGAAUCGCUGGGCGGCCGGCGGGCGAGUGGCGGCCGGCGUCGUUGCGUUGCGUCGCGUUGCGUUGCGUUGCAUUGCGUCGCGUCGCGUCGCGUCCGUCCAGCCGUUUCGGGCCGUGCUUGGGAUCGUCCGCGGGAUUCGCGAUGGCUGGCGGCAAGGCCGGGAAGGACUCCGGAAAGGCCAAGACAAAGGCGGUUUCCCGCUCGCAGCGGGCCGGCUUGCAGUUCCCCGUCGGCCGCAUCCACCGUCACCUCAAGUCCAGGACCACCAGCCACGGGCGAGUGGGCGCCACGGCCGCCGUGUACAGCGCGGCCAUCCUGGAGUACCUGACCGCGGAGGUACUUGAAUUGGCAGGAAAUGCCUCCAAGGACCUAAAGGUAAAGCGAAUCACUCCUCGCCACUUGCAACUCGCGAUUCGAGGAGAUGAAGAGUUGGAUUCCCUCAUCAAGGCUACGAUUGCUGGUGGUGGUGUUAUCCCGCACAUCCACAAGUCUCUGAUCGGGAAGAAAGGACAACAGAAGACUGUUUAAAGACUGCCUGGACCCCUAGCUCUCUCAGGACUCGAAGUACUCUAACAGCUGUCCAGUGUUGGUGAUUCCAGUGGACUGUAUCUCUGUGAAAAACACAAUUUGCCUUUUUGUAAUUCUAUUUGAGCACGUAGGAAGUUCAAUUCGCUUCCUAACCAACCAAAUUUCUGCAUUCGAGUCUUAACCAUAUUUAAGUGUUACUGUGGCUUCAAAGAAGCUAUUGAUUCUGAAGUAGUGGGCUUUGAUUGAGUUCUGUUAAUUUGAGUUAAUUGUGAUGCAGAAGUUAUAGUAACAAACAUUUGGUUUUGUACAGACAUUAUUUCCACCCCGGUGGAUAAGCUCAAUAAAGGUCAUAUCCCAAA